AUGGACAUAAAGCCAUCGAUCUAUGCACCAUUUAAACCCCCUUAUUUAAAACCAAAGAAUCAACAAAUGAAUCGUCAAACUAACAUCCCUUCAUCAACUCAACAAGUUCAUCCGAAUCAUACUUCCUUCGUUCAGCAGCAAGAUUAUCCAAAUUAUGAUUAUUCCGCCCAACAACAAGUUUAUCCAAAUUAUAUUUCUUCUGCCCAGCAGCAAGUUUAUCCAAAUCAAACAACAAAACAAUUUCUUAACCCCAUUACGCAAAAUAUUAUAUUUCAAAUUCCUCCAACAGAAAAACCUUUAAUGCUUACAUUAAACCUUAAAUUUGAGAAUUAA